GCAUUGUCUCGAACAUAAUGUUUUAAAAAUAUUUUUUUUUUGUUUUGUUUUGAAUUAUUAUCAAUUUUUUCUGUGGUCAUUAUUUAUUUUUUAAAAAAAUGUUAAUUAGUGAUAAUCGUAAAGAUUUUUACGAAACAUUAUUACAAAAUCGUUCACAUGUAUUAGUAUUAGUUAGCCAUGAUUUGGAUUCAAUUGCAGCGGCUAAAAUUGUUCGAUAUAUAUUUGAAUGUGAUCAUAUUCCAUAUACGAUUGUACCAAUUCGGACACGUACAGAACUUCAACGUGCCUAUCAAGAACGUCGUAUCGGUAUUAAAUUCAUUUUAAUGAUUAAUUUAGGUGCUACUGUUGAUGUAAUCGAUGUUUUGAUGCCCGAAAAUGAUGCACAGAUUUUCAUCGCCGAUUGUCAUCGACCAUUGAAUGUUCAUAAUGUUUAUAGUGAAAAAGAUGUACUUGUUCUUUGUUCAAUAACCGGUCUAAAUAAUAUUGAAGAUGAAUUUCGAAAAAUUCCAAAAUAUGAAGAAUUAUUCUGGGAUUCAGAUCUCGAUGACGAUGAUGAUGAUGUUGAUGUUCGUCAACUUUCACUUGAACAAUUACGUAAACGAAAUGCAUUCAAAAAAUUCGAAGCUAAACGUGUACAAUUGAUGAAUGAAUAUGAAGAAAAUUCUCACUAUUCAUAUUCAACAGCAAUGAUAUUUUUUGAUUUAGCAUGGAAAUUGGGAAAAGAUUCAAACGAAUUAUUAUGGUUGGUCAUAUUAUCUGUUACUGAUAAACAAAAUACUUAUAAAUUACCAAGUGAUUUGAUGAAAAAAGAAAUGGGCUAUCUAUCCGAUUCGAUGCAACGUUUACGAAAUAUUCGUUCAGAUCGUGGCUUUGUUUUGAAUAUUAAUCGUGAUGCUCAACCGGGUAAUCAACAGCAAUCCGAAUUAGUUACGACAACUAAUCAUCUAAACAUUUCAUAUGAAAAAGAUUUAAAUCUAAAAUUAUAUCGUGAAUGGUCAUUGUACGAAAGUCUUUGCCAUACAAUGUACACAUCCUGUGGUUUUAAAAUCUGGAAACUCAAAGGACAUAAACGUUUACAUACAUUUUUAGCCGAACUUGGUUUACCAUUAAAUCAAUGUAAGCAAAAAUUUCAAUCCAUGGAUCUCGAUUUACGACAAAAACUUAAAUCAGAAUUUGAUGAAAAAAAAGUCAAAUACAAUUUGCCGAAAUUAAUCUGCUAUAAUUUUGUUGGCUUUCGUGGUAUAAGACAAAAAUUCAGUGCACCAGAUUUAGCCAUGGCAUCAAGAGCCUUAUUAGAGGCUCCUGGUCGAGAUAAAAGUUAUAAUCAAAAAUUUUUCGAUUCAUUCGAUUCUCUAACUUGGAGCAAUCAGGAUUUGAUCGAUACCGGUAUUGGUUUGGCAAAAGUACAGCUAUCAGCCAUUGUCAAACAAGUACAACUAAUCAUUGAUGCACAUUUAAUGACCAUGAUGAAUAAUGUUUUAUGGUAUGUGAUCAUACCGGAAAGUACACCAGAUGCAAAUCUUUUUUGUCAUCCAGGCUGUUUAAAAGCGUUGACCAUUUAUACGUUAAGCGCAUACGCUUCCUUUAAUAGUAAAUCUCAAAGAGCAAUUCGAAUGCCAUUGGUUUUAGUUACACCGGAUCCUGAAAGGCCUGGAAUGGGUCUGAUUUGUGGUGUAUCACCGUUAUUAGCAUUGAAAGAAUGUCGAACAUUUUAUCGUCAAGCAUUUUUGACCACCUCAAAAAGAAUGACUACCAUCACUGAUAGCUGGUCAUACGAAGAAAGUAUUAUUGAUCCAGAUAUUGCCUAUAUCACCUAUAAAGAUGCCCAUAAUUUCCUUCAUGAACUUUCUCUUUUACUUGAAUCAUCCCAUUAAAAAAUUUUUAAUUCUGAAAUUCUAUACAGACAAACAAUUCUUACUGUUCAUAGAAUUUGUUACAUAAACAUAAACAUUUUAUAGUCGCGCCGAUUUUUAUUUUGGAUUCUAUUCAUGUUUGACAGUUAA